AUGGGUAACGCAAACUCCGCCGAAGACUGCAGCAGCAGCAGCAGCAGCGUCAGCAGCGAAGACGAGGCUUGCGAGCUUGACGGCUCAGAGGCCUUGCAUGCAUAUGAUGCUGCUGCCUACACCCCUCCCCUCGAGCAGCAGCAACUGCAGCAGCAGCAACAGCAGCAGCAGCAGCAGCAGCAGGACUGCGACGCAGACUUCUAUGAUGCAUGCUCAGAUGGCGACGUCUCUCCCGCUGGAGAUUCUCUCGAGGUAUCGAGACACCAUACACCACAGCAGCAGCAGCAGCAGCAGCAGCAGUUGCAGAUUCAGCAGAGGGUACAGCAGCAACUGCAGCAGCAGCUGCAGCAGCAAUUCAGCUCCUGCAGCAGCAGCAGGAGAGAAUCUGUUUGGCACUCAACUAGCAGCUUAGCUUCUCUUCCGCAGGAAGCAGCACUUCGUGUUGCAGAGACAGCAGCAACAGCAGCAGUUGCUGCUGUUGCUGCUGCUACACAGACACAUGGAUUAUUUGCUGCUGCAGUACAUGGACAGCCUGUUACCUGCUGCCGACAUAAACGGCAUCGCUGCUGCAGUAGCAGCAGCAGCUGCAGCAGCAGCAGAUGCAGUAGCAGCAGCUGCAGCAGCAGCUGCAGCUGUGCUGUUGCUCUCCGCUCACGACACAAAAGGCGUCGGCUGCUCAUGCAGCAGCAGCAACGGCAGCACCACCACGAUCACCAACCGCGGAGCUCCCAUCAGCAGCAGCAGCAGCAGCAGCAGGAGCAGCAGCCAACAUGCGGCACACCUGUUGCUGUUAGGGGCAGCAGCAGCAGCAGCAGCAGCAGCAAAUCGCCUAGGUGUCUGUCACCCCCCAAAACGCCUUGCAGCAUCAGCAGUUACCGUAGCAGCAGGAUUGGCAGCAGCAGCAGCAGCAGUAGCAGCAGCAGCAGCAGUAGCAGCAGCAGCAGUAGUAGCAGCCAGCCCCUAAUGCUUCGUGAUACACCUCAUCGCCAUCAUCACGAGCACAAGCAGCAGCAAGAACAGCGAAAGCAGCAGCAGCAGCAACAGCAACAGCAGCAGCAGCAGUCACUAAGCAGAAGCAACUCCCGCCAUAGUCUCUGCGGCAAACGCACAGCAGCAGCAGCCGUUGCUGCUGUUGCUUCUCCUCCAAGGCCAAUAGCAGCAGCACCUGGGCCAUCUUCCCUUGCUGCCGUUGCUGCUGCUGCUGCAUUUGCUGCUGCGUCUCGUGUGCCUGCAGCAGCAGUAGCAAGAACGGCAGCAGCAGCAGCAGCAGCAGCAAAGGCAGGGCCACCGCAGCAGCGCAGCAGAAGCCCUACUGUUGCUGCUUCGCAGCAACUCGAUUCUGUCUCCCAAGAGCAGCAGCAGCAGGAAAAGCAGCAGCAACAGCAACAGCAGCAACAGCAGGAAAAGCAGCAGCAACAGCAACAGCAGCAACAGCAGCAACAGGAACAGCAGAAGACGGACUCUCCCGAGCCAAACGAAUCAGAGAGGCACCAGCAGCAGACGCAACAGCAGCAACAGCAACAGCAGCAGCAGCAGCAGCAGCAGCAGCAGCAAGAGAGCAGCCGUAGCCUGCAUCCACUGCAGCAACGUUCUUUGCGGCAGCUGCAGCAGCUGCCGCUGCAGCGCCGCUGCUGCUUGUUAGUUAAUUCUGUCUAUGACGCAUCUCCUGAUGUUUUGCUGCUGCGGCAAGGCAGCACCUUCUACUACUGCUUCUGCAAGGUCUGCAGCAGCAGCAGGAGCAGCAGCAGCAGCAGCAGCAGUAGCAGUAGCAGCAGCAGUAGCAGUUGA